UUCCAAUCUUCACCAUGCAGUUCCAGCUCACCUUCAUCACGGCUCUCUUCGCCGCUUCUGCUAUUGCUGCCCCUGUUGCCUCCAACGCGGUCAGCUGCUCCAAUGCUGCUGUUGUUGCGCUCCAGGGUGCAACCAAGCAGGUUUCUGAUCUCAACUCGAACCUCUCGGGUACCACCACCGCUGCCUCGCUCGCCUCUGCCAUCAUUACAGGAUUGGCUGACGACCUGUCGACUCUUCUUAACGGAAUUGUCUUGCCCUGUGAAGCUACCCUGACUUCUCAGGACCAGCAGGACAUCUGCGAUGCUGCUACUACUUUCAUCAACACCGACAAGGCCCUUGUCUCUACUCUCAGUUCCAAGGCUGGUAUUCUCUCCGGCCACAUCCUCACCAUCAAUGUCCUCGCGGCGAUCAACAACCUUGAGACUGCUACCACCAACUACCUGCGCCCGGUGAUAAACAACAUGCCCGUCUGUGGCGGUACCGUCCAGUCUGAGCUCAAGGUACUCGAGUCAGAUAUCAACAGCGCUGUUGCUGCUUUCUAGAUCGAUUUACUAGCAGCUUAUAGACUUGAUUGGUAGAAUUGGCUCGGUGGUACGUAAUCUGCGGG